AUGCCAUCCACCAAAGUGUCGGCGGAACUGAGCACCAUGGAGCAAGAACCAGAGCAAGACAAAGGCCGGGAAGGCCAACAACCGGUCCCAGUCGAGGUCCAGGAAGUCCAAUCCCUCGAGACGUGGCUAGAGAAGACGUUGCGCGCCUUUCCCGGUGGAAAGGAGGUGGUCAUGGAGAAGCUGAAAGAGGACUGGUGCACUGACUAUGCCUCUCUCGUCGACUGCUGGGAGGACCUCAAAGACAACAUCCCCGGUGUACUCCGAAAUGAAAUGUCCACACAGCUUGCAAGGGAUCGGUUUGACAAGGUCGAUGCCGUUCCCCAAAUGCUUGCUGGAAAUUGGAUGGUUGCGUUUGGAUUUGGCUUGAUGUCGAUGUUGGUCCCUUCAAUCCUGGCUGUGUUCAAGCAUCGGGGUCGCCAGACGGAGGAGGUGGUUGAGCAAAAUGUGUAUGAGGUAUGGGUACCAGUGGGCUUGUUUUGUAUCUUGCAGCAGCUGGCGUGCAUGGCCCUCGCACCCCAAACCGGCUGGAGCAUGAUUGAGCAGCGCUCCAAUGGAGUUAACAUGAGAGAGGCUAUGCGCAACAACCUAACGAACCUCGGGGUCAUAGCUGUGCUUUUCCUCACGGUGGUGUGGACCAUGGCGGUGGACCAAACGAUGGCCGGUGACGAUCGUUUUUCGUUGAUUUGCCAAUGGUACGAGGGAUUUCUCGCUAUAGCAGUCGGGCAGCUGAUUGUUGCAGUCAUGACCUGUGCCUUCAUCACACUCUACUUGGAGCCGCUGGACGACAUGGCUUCUUUGAAGUUUGUGAAAGACAACUUCGUCUUCUUUGGUGAGCCAAUGGUGCUCAUGCUUGCAGGAGUGUACAACUCGCUUUGCGCCACGGUGCUUUGGGUCUACACAGUCUAUGGAGUUGGUUUGGGUGUGUGCUUCAGCAUUGCAGCGGGUGGUGCUGUGCUUCGGCUGUCAGCCGUCUACGGAUAUCUCUGCAGAUGGCAGAAUCCGUACUUGACGGCUGAAGAUCGGAAUGCUCGAACAAGAGACGCGGCGAGUAUGGCACGUGCCGGAGAUUUAAAGGCAGCCUGA